GUAAGAACUUGUCUCUAAUUAGCCAACCUCUUCCUCUCCUGCUCUCAGUCUUCAGCUCCCUCUGAACACACCAACAUCUUCACACCGGAGCCGAGCGGACCGGCCAGAGACUGGACCCUAGCGGCCCAGAGGAACACUGGACCUUCACCACAGAGAGAGAACCAUUAUAACAAGAUUAGAGUGAACAGAACCACAGAACCAGAGGAACAUCCAGGUGUAAAGAAACACCAGACUGAAGAAAAAGCACAGAGUGAACUGAAGGACCUGAAAGACCAAGAGAAAGAGCAGAGGCUUUAACAAAUAGCAGCAGACUUAAGCGUGCGUAAAAAGGGGCUUUGGAAAGCACGAAGCGCGCGAGCUAGCGAGCAAACGAACGAGCGUGAGUGAUAGAGCGAGAGAGAGAGAGAGAGAGCGAGAGACAGAGAGAGAGGGAGAGACAGAGAGAGAGAGAGAGAGAGAGAAAGUGAGAGAGAGCGAGAGAGCGUUUAAAGGCAGUGCAGGCAUGAUGUCCUACAUUAAGCAGCCCCAUUACGCGGUGAACGGGUUAACGCUUUCUGGCCCGGGUAUGGACCUCCUCCACUCCGCUGUGGGAUACCAGAACACGCCCCGGAAGCAGCGGCGCGAGCGCACCACCUUUACUCGUGCUCAGCUGGACAUCCUUGAGGCGCUGUUCGCCAAGACGCGCUACCCAGACAUCUUCAUGCGCGAGGAGGUGGCGCUGAAAAUCAACCUGCCCGAGUCCAGAGUGCAGGUGUGGUUUAAAAACCGCCGCGCCAAGUGCCGCCAGCAGCAGCAGCAGAGCACUGGGCAAUCCAAGCCUCGUCCACCCAAGAAGAAGGCAUCUCCGGUCCGAGAGACCCCGUCUGAGCCCAGUGCCAGCACCAACGGCCCCUACAGCCCACCUCCACCUGCCCCGGGCACAGCCAUCACCCCCAGCUCCAGCGGCGCCAGUGCCACUGUGUCCAUCUGGAGCCCGGCCUCUAUCUCGCCCCUGCCCGACCCGCUGUCGGCCUCCAGCACCCCCUGCAUGCAGCGCUCCACCGCCUACCCUAUGACCUACACCCAAGCCCCAGCCUACACCCAGGGCUACGCCAGCUCCUCCAGCUACUUCACAGGUUUGGACUGCGGUUCGUACCUUUCGCCCAUGCACCCGCAGCUCUCCGCCACCGGGGGCGCACUCAGCCCCAUCACCGCCUCUUCCAUGGGUGGAGCUCUUAGCCAGUCGCCGGCUUCCCUGUCCUCCCAGGGCUACACCACCUCCCUCGGCUUCGGCACUGUUGACUGUUUAGACUACAAGGACCAGGCGGCCUGGAAGCUCAACUUCAACGCAGCCGACUGCUUGGACUACAAAGACCAGAAUUCCUGGAAGUUCCAGGUGUUGUAGUUCAGGGCUUAGGUUGGUGGUGAGGGGGCGGGGCUUGAAGGAGAAGGGAAUUUCGGACAAACCGCACCGAACUGAACUUCGUGCUGUCUUGGUCGUACCUGUGUCUUUGAUUUCAUUUACAUUCUUUACGCUAAUGACCAUCUCCUGUAUUUGCCUAUCAGACUUUGAACAAACAGAAGCUCCAUUUAGGAAAAGAUCUAAAAUUAGAACCACUCUAAUGAUGUACGCAAAGGUGGUGGAUGUGCAAAUUUACAAUAGGUGUAAAAACAUCAUCAUCAUCAUGAGAUCAUUCUGAAGAAAAGUUUGAGUUAGAUUAAGUUAUUGAUUGUUAUGUAAAUGUAAACGUAGUAUGAAAAAAAAAACUGUUGCUAUCAAUGUUUCAUGAACUCUGUUUUAUGAUUCUGCUGUUGUUUUAUGUUGUUUCGCUGUAUUUAUACUGUAUAUGAGGCUUAAUUAACUGUGAAAACUCAAGCUCAAGUCUACAGGCCUGAAAUCCUGGCUUAAAUAAAAUAAAAAUUAUGCCUUGAGCAUAAAAUAUGGACAGUCUAAGGCAAAGUGGUGGUGAGCCUCCUAAUGGACAUCUUCUGGAGGUUCUCCUGAAUCCUGAUCUGAUGUUUUGAGAAGAUCUAGAUUAAUAACUGGGUCAAAAAGUGGACAGUUGCUCAUUUUCGAGAUUGUCUCACUGGGUUCUCCAUAUAUUUGGUUUAUUUCUGAAGCUGCUUGUAUUUUUUUAAAUGGACUUUGAAUUGUAAUGGUCCAAUUACAACUACAUUUCUAAUGGCACCAAUGAAAGGGGAAGAGACGGAUGGAUAGCAUGCUCAUGUCAAAGACUACCCAUUCAGUGCAUGCUUUUUAUUUUUGGUUUUUAAUGGCUUAACACCACCAAACACUGAUGCCGAACAAUGUUCGUUCAAUAAAUGUGUGGAAAGGGAACAGAUGAUGGUUUAAAACACUGAUAUUUGGCAAAAGAGACAAGGAGAUUCGGUUGCCUUGGGUUACGUAACAAAAAAACGAAUGAUUCUAGAUGAUUUUGAGCUAAUUUCAAAACUUAAAAUCUUUUUUGAAAUUUUUUGAGAAGAAAGAACGGCACCACUGUGUAUUCCUGUGUUGUUUUAUCUUUGUCUUUACUUUCUCUUUCUUUCAUUUAGGCUGUAAUUAUUGUCGUUUCUUUUGCGAUUGUGAGUUUUUUUGAGAUAAAAUUGUGUUAAUUUGUUUCGAGCGAAUAACAGCGUCAUCCUCAUCUCCAUCACUAUUAUAUUUUCAUUGACGUAUCAGUACUGAAAUGAAAUCUAUGGCUUAUGUUAUGAUCUUACUUUUCUUAUUCUUAUUUUUCUUGUUUCUGUCUUCGUUAUUUCUUUUUGUAAAUAUUGAACUGUACUUGAACAUGGUGAUCACGUCUGAUAUACGCAAUAUAAGUCACAUGGACACCGGAAACCAACAAAGUCAUUCUCUCUCACUCUUCAGUCUCUUACUCGACUCUUACUCAACUCUUUACUCGGCUCUUAACUUUUAGAGAACUGCCAACUUUUUACUUAUUCUCUUUUUUAUUUUCUUUUUUCGUUUGUUUCUCUCUUUUCAAACUCAGGGGUUUGGCCUGCAGAUGUAGCAGCACUAUUCCGCCACACUGUUUAUGGUUGCGUGUAAAAGCCAUAAAUUAAUCAUUUUUAAAUCAAUGUUUUUUUCCUUUCACAAUCCUCAUGAACUUAUUUUCCUGCUUUUGUGUUUGCUUUUGUCCUCCUGCUUAUAGACCUCGAUAGUUUUCAUGUUUUCAACCAAUAAAUGACUUCUAAUAAAAGUAAUAAAUUGGUAAUAUUACCAAUAUUAAUAAA